AUGUCUCUGACAAUGGAGCUCCUGAUCCUCGUCCUGCUUCCCGUGGCCUUUCUGCUACCCCAUGGGUCUCAGGCUGGAGAGAUCAUCGGGGGACAGGAAGCCCAGCCCCACUCCAGACCCUACAUGGCCUAUCUGGAAAUACAACACAGAUGGAAGAAGUAUAUUUGUGGAGGGUUCCUGGUGUCGGAGAACUUCGUGCUGACGGCCGCUCACUGCAAGGGAGACAAGAUCACUGUGUACCUGGGAGCCCAUAACAUUAAACAAGAGGAACAGAGUCAACAGAAAAUCUCCGUGCGCCGCUGGAUCCCCCACCCACAAUUCAGCAGAGCGACCCAUAACAAUGACAUCAUGUUGCUGCAGCUGGAAGAGAGAGCGAAGCUGAACAGAUGGGUGGAUUCUAUCGCCCUGCCCCCUGCCAGCGAGAGAGUAAAUCCAGGGGCUGUGUGCAGCAUCGCCGGCUGGGGCAGCACUAGCACAGAGAGUGCAUCGACCCCGGCCAAGCUCCAGGAGGUGGACGUGGUGGUGAUGCAGGAUGCCGCAUGUCCGAGGAGGCCUAACGGGCCAUAUCAUGACUAUAACUCCUCCACCAUGAUGUGUGUGGGGGAUCCAAAGAUGGGCAAAGACUCUUGGGAGGGCGAUUCUGGGGGCCCCCUGGUGUGUGGGAAAACAGCCCAGGGCGUUGUCUCCUGGGGGCCUCCCACCCCUCCCGGGGUGUACACCAGAGUCUCCACCUUCAUCCCCUGGAUACAGGCGACGAUGAGGAGGCUGCAGCCCUGAGCCAAGCCGGGAAUAGCUGCGGGGGCUGGAGCUGUGCCGCUUCUGUCCUUUGGUGAUGCCCAGAUGUAGGGCCUGCUUUGCAGAUUGGCUGAGCCCCCCUCUCCCCAGGAUACCC